UCACCGAUAUCAAAAUAGCAUCCCCAUCCCGCCAUCUGUUUCGCUGGACCAUACCGACCAUACGGCAUACGCCAUACGGACAUACAGAAGUAGCUUAUACAAAGGUUUUUAAUUCUAAAAUAAUAUAAAUCGAAUCGUAAUCGUGUAGUGCUGUGUCGUUAUUCUUGGUUUUUAAAUAUCGCUGUCUAAUACGUGAAACAUGUCUAUUAUGAAUAAACCGGGUAAAUUGAUAAUCGACGGCAAUGUUGGAGAGAAUUGGCGGGUUUUUCGUCGCGAAUUCGACGAAUACAUUAAUGCAUCGGGUUUAGAAAAUGCUGAAGAUGAACGAAAACUAACACUCCUGCUGAAUUUCGCUGGCACUGAUGCUCAAGAAAUAUUAGACAACUCCGAUCUAGAUACCGAAGAUAAGAAAAUAUUCGAUAUAGUUUUGAAAUUUUUUGAAGAUCGCUUUGUUGUCAAGACGAAUGAAACUUUACUACGAUUUACAUUUUUUUCUCGAUCUCAGCGAGAAAACGAAUCAUUCGAAGAAUUUUACAAUGCGCUUCAGAAGUUGGCGGAAGGCUGCGAAUUCGAUAACCAAAAAAAUUUCCUACUUAGAGACCAAAUAGUGAUCGGAAUACAGAAUCAGAAGCUUCGAGAAGAAUUUUUGAAAAUUCCCCAACUGUCUUUAGAGACGGCGGUUGAAAGAUGUAGAACUUCCGAAGCUGUUAGAGAGCAAGCUAGAAAAAGGGCGGCGGAAGAAAAGAUAGCAGAUGCGGAAAAUUUCACGGACGAUACGUGGACAGCAUCGCAUGCAGAUGCACGAUGCGACUUUCGUAAAAAGAAAACACCAGCUGAAUUUAAUGGUGGAAGCGCUUUCUAUUGAAUUAGCUCCUCGAAGAACUUAUUAUAUUAUAUUUAGUAUCUACUCGAUUAAAGAAACGUUGUCUAUUUUUCUAUAUUUAUGCCCAUUUUCACUAGCUUUAUCUCCGUAAUUUGUAUGUAGUAUGUUUACUUUAUUUAUAUAAAAUGUUCAGUGUGAUUUUUAUAUUGAUGACCGUUGGCAAUGUGGUGAUUAUUUCAUUGUGCACUUUACGUUGCUGUCGAAAAGUAUUUCAGGGAGUAGAAUUUAGCUCAUUUUUUGCCUAGCCUAAGACUACAAAAUAUAUGUAUACCAGAUACCUACCUACAUUUUAUAAUCUUUUUGCGGAAAUAAAUGGUCAAAUGUGAUAAAUAAAUUAGUCAUGUUCUUUUUUGAGGAAGUUCGUACAUGAAAAAUAUAUCCCUACUACGAGAUGAGUGUUUAGUGAGCCGUGCAUCACUUUUUUAUUUUUUAAUGCCGAAUUUUAUUGUUCAAAUAGCUGUGUAGUGUGCUUAAACUUGCAAUAAUUAUUUUGAAAAUGAAUGUACUAAACUAAAUGUUUAUCAGUAAAGAUCAUUUUUUGUA